AUGUCGACCGAGUCUCGUCCAGCCCAGCCCAAGUCCAUCCUGCGCGGCCAUAAGGCCCAGGUGCACGCUGCCGCCUUUGUAUUUGCCAACGAGCGCCUCGUGACUGGCGACGCAGAUGGCUUUGUCAUCUCGUGGGACCUCACAAUCAUGCGCCCCAGAGCGGUCUGGCGAGCCCAUACGAACUCCAUCUUGGGCAUCUCUGACUGGGGUCGCGACCGCCUGAUCACACACGGAAGAGACAACAAGUUGAUUGUCUGGAAACUGGGUGUCGAGGACGAGAGCCGCUUGAGCACCAGUCCUCCCUUGGACCCUGUCUCGAGAACCCGACCUCAGCCAGAGAUGCUGCAUCUGCUUGAGGUCAACACUAUGAACUUUUGUUCCUUCUCCCAUUGCCCCGAAGUUCCGGCUUCAGGCACAUCAUCCGGGGAUAUCCUAGUUGCCGUGCCCAACACUUUGGCAUCCGAAGCUAUUGACAUCUACCAUCUCCCAUCUCAAAACCGGAAAUACACAUUAAAGCUAGGGGAGAAGAACGGCAUGGUCAUGGCCCUAUCACUGCUCUGGUUGGGACAGACUUUGACACUUGUCGCAGGCUACGAGAAUGGGCUAGCUCUCGUUGCUCAGCUCGACGACCAGGGUAACUGGCUUGUCAUCUAUCAGGCAAAGCCUCAUACCCAACCAAUCCUCUCUCUAGAUGUUUCCCCAAGCAGAGACUACUUCAUUACAUCAAGCGCUGACGCCAUCAUUGCCAAGCAUUCCCUUUCUGUCGGCUCUCAACAACCGGGAAAGCAACCAGUACCACCUCGAGCAGAGCCAACCCAGGAAAUACCAAUCCCCCAAAAGCCAGCGCUGCGCAAUGAUGACAGCAACCGACCCCCCGAAACAAAACCCCCUACCAAACCCGCCCAUAAUGACACCAACAAACCCAAAUCCCUCCUCUCUGCAGCCCUCGCAAACGAGCCACGCUCCCCUCCAGUCUCUCAACUAACCCCCAGCAGCAUCUCUCCCUCCUUUUCAACCCCCUCCCCCCUAAACAACAACACCCCCAUUAAACAAAUAAACACAAAGCACGCAGGCCAACAAAGCCUGCGCAUCCGCUCCGACGGUCGAAUCUUCGCCACAGCUGGAUGGGACUCCCGCAUCCGGGUGUACAGCACGCGGACACUGCGGGAGGUCGCCGUCCUGAAGUGGCAUGGGCUGGGGUGCUACGCCGUUACAUUUGCCGCUGUUGGUACUGAUGCUAAUGCUAAUAGUAGUGAUGGCGACAGCGCUGAGUGUGCUCGCAAGUCUUCUGUGUCAGAAAGUGGUCCGGAAGAAGAGGUGAUAAAAGGUGACAAAAUAUCCAAACAUAAGGAGCCUAGGAGCCAGCAAGAUCUGGACGAGUGUGGUGUGGAUAGGAGCAACAGUGUCGCUGUGGUGCCAAAGCUGGUUGAGGUGACAGUGAGGGAGAAGCGCGUUCAUCAAGCAAUGGCGGCACACUGGAUAGCCGCGGGGAGUAAGGACGGAAAGAUCAGUCUGUGGGAUGUAUUCUAA